AGAUGUGUGUCAUUAAUUACUCAUAGUUUUAUUCAGAAUAUAAAGAUGCUAUGAAUUCCACUUUACACUCUGCGGACUCCAGUGUUAUCCAAAUCAGUUUAUUUGGUCGUUAUACCAGGGCCGGGGAUCCAACUAGCCUAUGGUGUGAUGAAUCUUUGGAAAACCCAGACUCUAUGUUGGAUCAAUGCAAAUGCUACACAAGUACUCCAAGUUCUUUUUCUACUACUUCAGAGAGCACAUCUUAUUCGCGUGAUCUUUAUGUUACAUCUAGACUACGAAGUCGGUCUGAAGAGAAAAACUGUAAAUCGGAACAACCCUUUUAUCUAUCUCAUUCCGUAAUCAAUUAUUUAAAAUUGGACAAAUUAUCUAACAAAAUGUGUCCUGGUUGUGUUCCUUGUUCUUCUUCUGAUGAUAAACUACGAUCAAGUAUGUACUCCGAAGAAAAAGACGAUUUGAAUGUCACCCAAAAGGACUUCCAACAGGGUGACAAAUUCAAGCGCAAAGGAAACCAGUCGUUUAAAUCAAGUUCGUCAGUCUGGUAUAGCGAUGAUUCCGACCCAGUCCCUCCAGCGAUGGCUCUCAUAAAUGUAAAUCGACUUCAUGCCCAAACCUUGCAUCCAGCUACAUUAAAUGAGAACAGAAUAAUUGCAACAAAUAACAUUUUAUAUGAUUUCAACACUGAGUUUGAUGUCUCUGGAUCAAAAAUAUCAAAAACAUUUUUGAACGCUUCAAGAAAAUCUCUUCCAGCAAUCCAUCUUGAUCGUGAUUUAGAAGUAAGCGGCAGUAGCGGUACCAGUAGUCUUUCUUAUACGGCUGUGAUUGGUAACGAGGCGGAAUAUAUUCAGCCGGAUAAACGCUUAGAGCCAUUCUCUGAUGAAUCUAACAAGCACCACUUAAAUUCUCUGCAUUUCGGGCAAACCGGUGCAUCCGCGAGAGAUUCUGGCUUAAGUUCACAUUCAAGCAAUUCUGUAAAUUAUUCCCCUAACUAUCUUCUGCUCCCUCAUAAAGGAUUGGUUCCUGAGUGUAAACCUAGUCUCUCUUCGACACCUCCACCAGUUCCAUGUCACGCCCCUCAAUCACAAACCAUGGUUGCACUUACACAAAGGAACGGAAAUAAUAUUUUAAAUACAACCAAUUUAGUACGUUGUGAAACUGACCUUACCAAGUGUACAUGCUCCAAAAGUUCAAGCAGUAAAAUGGUAGAAGGAAGAAUUCGUGGAACAACUAUCCGAUUGCAUUCAUAUACGGGAGAAUCUAAAACUCUCUUAAAGUCAUAUUUCCCAAGUGAAAACAAACAGAUUAAACAUAAUCCUAAUUCAUCUUUAUCACCUAUAUGGAAACGUAAAUCAAAUACAUUACAAUCAAUGAUUAAGGAUAAAAUUCACCUCGUUGAAGAACAAAACUAUUCAAAAUCAAUCCAAAUAACUAAAUCCAAAGAAGGUGGUUGUAGCAAAAGAGAAGAUAAAGAUGAUGAUGAAGUAGAAAGGAAAGGGAAACAUUUAAUCAAUAAAGUUCAAUAUGAAAAUACUACUACAGCUACUACUAAGAAUGAUAAUAAUCAUGACAGAGUACAUAAUUCCUGUCUACUUUUAAAUGAUUCAAUUAAACAACAAGAUAUUUGUACGGCCUGUACACUAAAUUGGCAAUUUUAUUUAUCCCAACCUUGUUGUUAUACAUUUAUAGAUGAUAUGGUUAAAUGUUAUCAUGAUGUGAAUAAUUCUUGGUAUUUUGUGGAACAUGAUUGUUUUCUAAAUUCUAUUAUUCAAUUGUUUAAACCUGAUAGUUGUUUCAAUUGUCGUAAACAUAUUUAUGCUGUAGGCGUAAAUUUAUUUAAUAGAAAUCCAUUGAAAGGUCUAAAAUAUUUGGCAAGACAUAAUUUCUUAAACUUGUCUUCUAGUAAACAAAUUUCCAAAUUUAUUCAAAAUAAUGCUGACUUAUGUCGUUCGAAAAUUGGAGCAUUUCUUGGUCUACCUCCUACAGAUGAGAUCAACCCAACGGAAGUUACAAUGAUUCUUCUGAAAUCUUUAAACAUUUCUGGUUUGGAAGUAGAUGAAGCUUUGCGAUUGGUUGUUCAUCGAUAUGGGAUGCCUGUGGAAUCUCAAGAAAUAGACAGAUUAUUGCAAUGUAUCUCUGAAUAUUAUCAUACAGUUCGAUGGUGUUCAAAAUCUGUUAAUUCAUCAGAUAUUUUUUCCAGUACUAAUGACCAUCAAUUGAAGUCUUUACCAGCUCCUCCUAUUACUCUGGAUCAGUUAUCAUUAAUAUUUUAUGCUAUUCUCUUACUACAAACCAGCCUUCAUAAUGUAAAUGCAGCAAAAUCAAGUUUAGGCAAACAGACUGUCAGUCAAUUUAUAAAAAAUGUAUAUGAUCUUUUAUUAAAUCAACCAUCUUCAUCAUCAUCUUCACUAUCUUCUUUCACGGCUAAAUCAAAGUCAAAGAUUUCAAAUGUUAAUCAAAACGAUAUGGUUGAUGAAAGUGGUAAUACUAAUACUGAAUCCAUUCUGGACAAUGAAAAUAAUAUUAAUAAUAACAAAUCUCUUGAUAUAAAACAUGUAUUCUCAAAUCGCACAUUAACUGAAAUAUUUCAUCGUAUUAAAGUUAAACCAUUGGAACCAGGUUCAGAUCAAACAACAAUCGUUCGACAUAUAUCUAAAGCAAUAAGAAAUUUGCAAGAAGUUAAAAUUUUAAACACUGAUGACAUUGAUAAUGAAUUCUUAUUCACGAAUAAUCCAUUUGAAUUAGUGGAACCACAUCGUCGAUUGGUUUGUUAUUGUACGGUCAUUCAUAUUAAUCAAAAUCAACCUCCUCAUAAAGAAACCAGUAUUCUACGACAUUUGUUUGUUUUUAAUGACCUAAUUAUUAUUGCAAAAGAUACCUCUUCAAAACGUACUUCUGGUAGAAGAUUAGUUUUCGACAAGUCAAGGAAAAAUCAAUCAAAAAUAAAUGAUAAGAAAUUAUCACCAGAUCAAUGUGAUGGUUUUCUUCGUCCACCAUUAGAUUUAUUAUAUACCGAUUGUGAUAAAAAGUUUAAAAUAAUGAAUGCUGAAUCGAAUACACUUAACUGUAUGCAACCAAAUGUUGGUUGUGUACCUCAUAGAGUAGGAGGCGGAAGAGGAAGAAGAAGCAGAUCAAAAAAUGAACUUUAUAGUCGAAAGGCAGCUAAUUCUACUUCACAUUCCUAUACACGUCUUACUGCUUUAUAUGUUUUUUCAUUAUAUAGAUGUAAAAUUCGUCCGUUUAAAACUGAUGUGUAUCGUUAUGGAAUAGAAUUAUGGAAAUUUCCCGGGACAAGAACACCACAUCAUCAAUCUAUUCCUAGUAGUUUUAACAAUGGUAAUUUACAACCGGAACAAAUGAUUAUUAUUGCUGCGCUCGAUAAAAGUGAUUAUGAAAAUUUAUUAAAUGAUUUAUAUCAAGCAUUAUGUGAAACAAAUCUUGUUGCAUUAGAAUUAAAAUAAUACGCUUUCAGUGAAUUGAUUUCUCUUACUUAUAUUGCUAUGUGAUUAUAUUUGUAUUUUUAUUUGUCACUUCUCAUUUCUUAUAAAAAUAAAAUAGAUAAACUACUUAAUUACUUUUACAUCGAAUUAUAUAUAUAUAUAUAUAUCAUGUAUGUUUACAUUCCUAAACCGUAGAUCUUCCUGAUGUCUCUCACUCUCCCAUCUCUCCCACACACACGUACUCUCUCUCUCUCUUUAUAUACAUAUACAUAAGGUUUGUGUUAGUACAUUAAAUGCUACCUUAGGAUUUUGAAACGCUAUAUUUUUUCUCUCAGAUGCAUCAAAUAAAAAUAGCAAAAUAUUCAUUUGAUCCAUCAGAAUUUUUACUGUUUCAACACAUAAUUACUGUUUACUUUUCUUUUAGCAAACUAAAUAUAUUCAGAUAUAUGUUUAUAUAAAUAUUUGGUCUUUUUCCCUAUAAAAACUAUUGAUUGUUUUUUUAUUUUGUUCUACUUCAUUUUACUGUUUUAUUCCCUCACUCUAUCCUCCCUCUCUCACACAUACAUACACUCACAUUAUCUGUUUUUUUUGUAACUAGUGUUGUCAUUCGUUAGUUUCGAUGUUUAUUUUUUCGAAGAAAAACAUCCCGUAGACUUUCUUUUUAUUCAAGAUAAAAAUGUCAUCGCAGCUAUGUUUUUUAUAAUUGAUUAUAUUCUUUGAUUUAUUUAUGUAUUGUAGAGUUGAUUCUCCAUUUAUUUUGGGUUUUUUUUUCUUCAUUUUUUGUCAUUAUUGUUCAAAUGCCACAAUCACCAUACCGAUUUUAUUUAUCCCCGAUUUUUCUUUUUACUGUUUUUAUCGUUGUUGAAAAGAAGAAAAAAAAAGUAGUUCUAGAUUAUUUUAGUUAGAAUAUAUAUAAAGUGUACUGUUCAAUAACUUUCAUUGAAUAUCAUAUUUCAAUAUUUAUGAUAAAAUGAUAUUUCCUCAUUCAUCUAUCAAAAAUAAACAUGAUUAUGCGUUUGGUAUGAUUUAUCAGUAUAAUGAUGAUGAAAAGGAUAACGGUUAGAUCAUCAACUAGAGAUACAUUUUUUUAAACUAUCAUCAUUUUUUCAUCUAUACUUAGAUUCUGUUAAUAUUUCUUUUUUUUCAAAUGCUCUUUUACUAUAUUAGGUAUCAUUUCAGUUAUAAGGAUUAAUUAAAAGAAGAUAUGAUUAUUCAGAUUUCAGAAUAUCUUCUGUGAUUGGAAUAUCUGUCUUUGUAUCUCUUUAAUUGUAUCUGGUUAAUUUCUAGUCAUCUUGUAUACAUAUUUUGUUUGUCAUGUUGAUUUAUUCAUUGAAAGAUAUUUAACUAUUCGGUACUACUGUGGUGAUAUAUAUUGAUAAUAAUAAUAAUUGUUUUAUUCAAUAUUAUAUUUUUGGUACAAUAUAGAAUUCUCAGCAUAAAGUAUUUCAACAAGU